UUCUGUAGCUGGGUUAAAGAGGAGAGGGAGGAUCGGGGCGCAGGAGGCACCCCAUCUUUCUCCUCCCUCCCUCUUCUCCACCUCCCAAAUUUGGCAGCCUUGUGUAGCUCCCGGUCUGGGGUCUGGAGGGUGGAGAGUGUGGGUGCGGGGGCCGGCUGGAGACGCUCUCGCUAGCGCUGCCUGUGGCCAAACCCGCCUCACGUCCCCUCUCGGCCGCACACGCGUCCACCGCCACUCGCGCGCUCGCUCGCGCUCUCGCCUGGCUAGGUCCCUCCUGCUCUCGCCCGUCUCCUUUUCCUUUUUUUUUUUUUUUUUUUUUGGUACCAUAGAGUCGCUCUGAAAACAGAAGAUAGAGGGAGUCUCGGAGCUCGCCAUCUCCGCCGAUCUCUACAUUGGGAAAAAAAACAUGGAGUCAGCUCCGGCAGCCCCCGACCCCGCCGCCAGCGAACCGGGCAGCAGCGGCUCGGAGGCGGCCGCGGGCUCCAGGGAGACCCCGCUGACCCAGGACACGGGCCGCAAGAGCGAGGCACCGGGCGCGGGGCGCAGGCAGAGCUAUGCGAGCUCCAGCCGAGGUGACUUUAUAAUCUCUAGGCACCGACAUGUCUCGCUGAAGUCAAGGAAGGAGAACUCACAAGCUAAAGUGUGUUUCACUGGUUUUAGAGAAACCUGAAGAACUGGACAAAGACGGAGGAAAGGCAGCCAGAUGUGAUCCUCAACUUGCAGAAGCGGAGAGCCUCUCUCAUCCCUUAGGAACCAUGGUAGUCACGGAUAGGAAUGAGCAGGUGAAAACCGAGCGGAUCCUGAAACACCCAGUCUCAGGGGAACCACGUAUGCUUAUCAGGCCUCAAACCUCUUAAAUAAACUGCAUCUCUUUCCAUUUUUAGUUUUCAGUCAGGAAACCAGUGGAUGAUGAAAAGGCCCUGAUAUAGUCUGUGCUCCACGGGGGCAUCCACAUGCCAAUGAUAUUCUCUCUAAAAGGGCAGGGCAGCUGGGAGGGUGAACUGCCCGUAACUCUCAAUUGCCCAGGUAACGAAGUAUGGAGAGCGCUAAGCCAGAAGAAAUAACUUGAUUCUUGUGAUGGCGCUCCGAGUGAGUUGGCUGACGUGACAUGUAUGGAACGGCUACGUUAUGUUAGCUCACUCUGGUUCUCUCUCCCACUUGGGGUGAGCACGCAUGGACAGAAUGUGGGAACCUGAGGAUUGUGUGCAGAGGAACCAAGAGCUUCACCCAGAUAGUAUAACAUUUCACAGUGUCAGAGAUGACAGCCAGAGAUUGGUGGGGUCCACUGAGAUUUCUCAAGACCCUACAGAGCUACUUGGAAAAUGGAAGCUAUGCUGAAAGAACUUCUGGAACAUUCUGAACCUUGCCUUUGGACCUGAGUGUGGGGCUGUACUUUAGACAUGGCAUGGAUACACAUUCCUCACGUUGCCACUACCCUUUUGUUAGGCAAAAUGGGAGGGUGAGAGGCUGUCCUGAGACCUCUCUAGUCCAGCUCCACCCCAGGGGUGAAUCAGAGGCACCUGCAAGCCUGGGAUCUGUCUGAGAUUAUAUCCCUAGGCAGCGGCAGUGAGGCUGUGACCAAAGCCCAGAUCUUCUGCUCUCUCAUCUCAUACCCCUUUCCACUCAUGUGCAGGUCCUCAGAAGUCCCUGGGGGGGGGGGGGAAUACCAAGUCCCUCCCCUCCAGGAAAAUUACCCUGAGGAUAUUUAAAUGAAUAUACAAGGUCAUCUAACCCGGUGUGAUUCUGUUAUGAAUUAAAGUACAUAUUUAUCUUUUAUUGCUUCAUUUAUUUAUAAUAAAACAUAUUUAUUUUAAUUAAAGUAGACAGUGAGUCUCAUGUUUUGAUUUCAUAGAAAGUCAAGUAUGGGAUGCAGAGUUGAGCAGCUGAUGCUGAGAGCCUGCUGGAGCGGGCACAGCGGUGCACGCAGUGAGCAGUGACUGCCCACGGAGGUCCUUCCUCAAGGCUGAGGUUCAGGCUGUGCACUUGAUGGAGGUGCUUCUAAGACCAGGUCUGCAAAUAGAAUAAAAUAAAACCUCAUCCCAGUAGAAAACUCUUUUCUCUUAAAAAUGAUUUCUGUGCUUAUUUAACCCACCGAGUCCAAUUGGUGCUGCUCAUACACGCAGGUCCACUGGCACGUGGGCAGCCUUUCAAUGGCCAUGUACCUAAAGGCAAGGGACUGUCCUUUGAAAGAGAGUGCGAGUGGAGUAUAGUAUAUGGGAGGGGUGGAAGGGAAGAAAGGGAAGAGGGAAAUGAUAUUAUAAUCUCAAAAAAAAAAACUCUUUAAAAAAUGUAGAAAGUGACUGUUUCUCUCCAGGCAGCCAUUAGCUGCCAACAGAUGCUCUGCUUCGGUUGGGGCCUUGCAAGUCCCUCCCUAUCCUGUGCUGGCAUUUUUGACUGGCUUGAUCUUGCAUGGGUCUUGUGCAGGUAACCACCGCUGUUGUGAGUUCUUGAGUGCAUUAGCAGUGUCAUGUCCAGAAGAGAGUGUUCGCAGCAUCGUCUCAUCUUCCUGCCUCAUGUUCCUGAGCCUUGUUGGGGGUGGAGGAUGGGGGCUAGGGGAGUAGGAAGGGGUGGGGGAACUGUGGGGUGUUUCUACCAUGGAAGAAAGUCUAUGAUUUAUUCCAAAUAAAAAUUAACAUCAUUCACUGCAGCCUACAGAGAAUUGUAUCAUUUUUUCUUUUGUAAAAAAAAGUUACAGUGCAUGAAUAUGCAUCUGUAUAUAUUGAAUGCAGUUGUGUCAAUAAAUGAACUUGGACCUACAAACUUUAAUGAAGUAAUAAAAUGAUCAGGUAUAGGUGUUGACAUUAUCUGGUUUUCUUUUUUCUUUAUUGAGGUUCCUGAAUCCUGAAUGUACAUUUAAAAAUUUUAAUUAAUUAAUUAAUUAAUUAAUAUCCCAACAUGAAUGUAUAAUUUUUAUAGUGGGAAAACAACUUUUUUUUUCUUCUAAAAAGAUGUUGUGUUAUGAAAUAGGGGGUGCGCUGAAGGGUAUAGUUCUGAACUCACAGUCUUCCAUAGCUUUCCAUGAUAUUUCAGAAUCAUUCAGGUUUGUUCCUCUAUGGAACAAGACAUUUUGAAGGUCACGUUGUAGGAAAGGGGCAUCCAGUCUGAUUUUAGGAGGGCUUAGGCUUGGGAAUUCCUUGGCCCUUGAAAUACUUGUGGUCUGAUGCCCAAUGGCAUAUGCACAUUCCAAGCCACUUUGAACGUGCACGAGCACGCGCGCGCACACACACACACACACACACACACACUCAUACUUGUGUGUGUACAAAUACACAUACAUACCUGGGUAUGCAUAAACAAGUACAUGUGAACAUGUACACGCGCACACACACAAAAGUAUUUUCACAUAAAGUAUUUGCAUUUAUCUCAACUUCACUGUUAUUUUUGUUUUCUUAAAAUGCACAUCAUGGCCCUGAGAAUUAGCUUCAUUGCAUAUUUAGGAGAUGUUCCUUAUAAAGAUCAAGAGACCAGUCCUGGGUGGGAGGUAGAGAGAGACGCUGCGGGGCCUUGGCAUGGGAUGGGAGGGGGAAAGGCCUUCACAGUAUCUCAAGUGGAGCUCCAGGUGCUGCUCAUUAUGAUCUGGGGGAGGACAAAUAAUAUAAUUACUCAUUAUUAUAAUCAUACCAUAUCCUGAUGCCAUUUUUAGCAUAUAUUUGUUAUUACCCGAUUACAUGUAUGAGUGCAUCUGCCUUAGACUGGCUCAGAAUACAAAUUCUGGGAUUCCCUCUGUGUGGCUUACAGCAGACAUGUGUGAGAACACAUGGUUGCAUUCCUUUUAUUUUAGGUGUAUGAAUGUUUUGUUUUGCAUGUGUAUCUGUACACCACAUUGUAUGUCUGGAGUCCAGAAUCUCAAAUCUUCUGGAACUAGAGUUACCGACAGCUGUGAUCUGCCACAUGGGUGCAGGGAAUUGAACCCAGGACCUCUACAAAAAGUGCUCAAUGCUCUUGACUACUGUUUCAUUUCCCCAGCCUCUGGCAUGGCAUUUCUUGAAUUCAACAAAUAUUUUCUAGGACCUUUCUCUGGGUCGGGCACUGUGCUGUGCUCUAAGCAGCCAGCAAGGGAUCUGGAUUCGUGCUUUGCUGACCUUUCCAUUCUGGUGCGAAUGCACCUCACUGUUACCUUAGACACUUCAGAUGAUAUCCCUCCUUGGCUUGUUUUGCCUGUUUGACCCCUAUGGCUUAUGUGCCUUUUCCUGUCCCCUCCUCCCACCCUUUCCCCUGUCUUGUGCUCUCAUCUCUUCUUCUCAGACCUUCUAUGGCCAGCAUAGAUCCAGAUAACACCCACCCUCUUACCCCAGAAGUUCCCACUAUCUCUGUUUGUCACAGAUACUGGUUGCAUGGAUCAAGGACUCCUUUAAACCCUCAUCGUGUGACCACUUCUCCCAGCUCCUUAAAGACUCUUCUUGUCUUUAAGACAUCAUCUCGUGUCAUGUCCUUUUUGUGAGCCUAUUCUCCACAUGACCAGAUGCACAGUUUAUAUUUUUACCUCUAUACAAUCUCUUAGGUAAAGUAGAUCCAUGUUUAUUGUGCAGAUGUUCUUUGCCCAGCUCGGUGCUUCUCAACUGCUCGUCCACCUUCAGUGUUCCUGGGCUUCGGGAAGGUUUGGAGCCAGCUGUCGUGGUUUGUGUUCCAUGCCUGUCUCUAUUGGAUCCAGUGUUUCCCUCCAUGCCGCCCUCAGGGCUAAUCCAGACCCCAUCAUUUCAGACCAAAAUUGCUCACAUUUUGGGAUCUAGCAUACGUACCUGGUUUGUCGUGAGCCUGGCAGAAGCGAGUGGCAGAGUGAAAGGUGCAGGUACGCCCUGUGCUGUGUGUCCUAAGUGAGUUCAUUAAGCUAAAAACUAGGGAGGGGGAUGCUUCUACCUUGGCUGCGGGGAUCAGUCCUGGUACUGCUCGCCAAGUGCCUCCCAGCAGUGCUCUGAUGACGGUGGUUAUGAUGGCUGACCCAGUGCUCCAACCCACCCGUCUCCUUCUUUCACUCAGGUCUUGAGCUUCCUUUGGGACUCAGGUCUUUGGCAUUUUCUGCUUGGUUCUGUGAAAUGAGCACGAAUCCCAGGGGCUUCAGUGAAGUUCCUGACAUGUCCUCAUGGCCAGUUCUCUUCCUGGGACUGGAUCUACCCCCUGUCUUUCAGCCGGGCCACCAUAGGCUGGAUCUGUAAGAAGGACAUGUGACUGGAGUUGAGCACCUUUUCCUAAUUGUCUCAUGGUACCUCUCAGACCUUCUGGGGGACCAUAAACAAGCCCAAUCCCACCGGUUUCCUCUCUGUAGCCCUGCUCUUCCCAUGGUUCCCACUGGCCUUUGCCCUGCUCCAGGCAUGCAGGCUGGGAUAGCUCCAUCUUUCCUACGGAUCAAACUCUGAUGCUUUCUCUUGCUUCAUUUCUCAUUGUUCCUCACCCUCCCUUCCCUUUUACUCACAGACUCAUCCCUGUCUGCAAGGGUUCUAUUCAACUUGUUCUUCUGUAAUGCUCCACUCUGGUGACUGACUGCUGAGUCUUUAAAUUGUGAUCUAAUAAUUUACGUGCACUUUGCAAGCAAUUCUUUCAGAGACUCCCAACCUGUUUGCAUUCCUGUUACAGUAGCACAGCUGAUAAGCAGGCAGCAGGAGAAAUAGUGAUGGGUACCACAGCGGCACUGGGGAAACUCAGGAAGGUAACACUAGCAGGAGCAGAGGGCAUGCCUCUGGAUUAUAGCAUCUUUUCUUGGAGAAUCAAUUCCACUUGCCAAGGGUCUUUAUUGAUUUUGCUUGUACUUGGACCAGGAUAGGUCAAAGUCAGAAGAGGAAGAGACAUGGCAUGCUCGAGGAAGUGAAGGGUGAUCAGAAUCCCGUCUUUCUGCCAGGAUGGUUUGCGGUUGAUACACUGCGUGGCUUUACAGACUUAAUUGGCACUGUGAUUAGGUAGCUUUAUUUCUUCAUUCAAACACAUUGGAAGCUGAUCCUAAUAUUCAGUGGUAAUGAAAAUAGAGUAACGCUGUAAUAACUGUUCCAUUGUAAAGCAAAUUACACCAUUAAGCAUCUCUUUUGUCUAAUUUGUGUUGGUGAUAGUAUAGGACCACACACCACACACACACACACACACACACACACACACACACAGGAUAGCUGAUAUUUAAGAAAUAAACUAGCAAAGAGAAGUCCUAUUCCAAAGAUAGAAUCAGGACCACACACACACACACACACACACACACACACACACACAUACACACACGUACCUGUAUACAUAUUUAUAUACCAACACAUACAGGCACAUGCAACAUGCAUACAUGUGAAGCAGACUGAGAACACAGUAGAUUGUACUGGCAUGCCCUGUUGCCUAUAAUGAACCUGAGCCCAGACAGAUGAUCUGUUAGAGCAGGCUAAGCUAGUGAUGGCACCAGCUCCUUUAUCUUUACUGUCACACCUGAGGACUUUGAUCCCCUGAGAUUCUCAGAAAUGUUGGUCAUUUUCCUUUGUCAUCUGUCCCUCCAAGGAAAGUGCCACAAUUUGUGUAGGACUAAGAUAGAAGCAUAUUUUUGUGCAUUAAGUCAUAGCGAAUCCUGAGAGCAGAAACAGGAUCCAGGGAGGCAGAAUUCAGUGUGAUUUCCCCAUUGGGACAUGCCAAUUAAAAGCCUAAGUGGGUAGGUUCCUGUGACUGUGUCCCUUAGUCACAGGGUCCUGGCUUUGCUGGUGGGGUCUGUGUAUUGGAGUGAACAUGGUUCCAGUACCUAGGCUGGUGUCUCUAGGGAGGUCUUAAAAACUUUCCUAUCUGUGUAUACUCUGGGUUGCUGUCUCCAGGGCUUCCAUCUCUAAGGUCUAUGGAACCUAGAAGUUCUGGGUCACUAUACCCAGGAGCACUGAGAAGACUCUCACCUGCAUUCACACUAGGGAUUUUCUUUGACAGCAUGGUCAACUCUGCCCCCUGCUAAUCAGGCGCCCCAGAAAGACCUUAUCUGGAGAACAGAUUUUCAUGUAGUUUAGAACACAUUUAACUUUCAUAGAUAGAAUGCCUGCUCUCAUGACCACAUUGUUUGAAGAAAAUCUGCUUUAUAAACAACUGCACAGUACCUGUAUCUGAAAUCGAGAAUGUUGAUUUUUAAACUCCUGGAGGAUGUAAAUCAGAAGGAAGGCAACGUCAAUGCCUGGCAUCUGGAUUAAGAAUAUAGUUAGUGGAGAAAUUUAUUGCAAUCCUCCAUGAGAAGAUAUCAAUAUCAUCAUGUGCCUAAUAAAAUGUUAUAAUGAAAAUUACCACAGAGCUUGACAACAUCUCUUUAUUAAUUGGCCUUUUCCGUGAUUAUUUUCUUAGUAGCAAAUGCACUCUGCUUUUCUGGCUCAUUAGUCAUAAUCCACAGUGAAUUCGCAGUUUGGUGUUCCAGCCAUGCUUGUCUUCCUUUGGGCUCAGUCCUUGUAGGGCGGGCUUGUAGAUUUUCUACAGAGGAUGGCCUCACAUCUCUGUGCCAUUUACUCCUGAACCCAUUGGGUUCCCUCAUGAUGCCAAAGACGGAACUGCAGCUCACAGUGAGAAGGGCAAAGGACAUAAACCCGAGGUCCAAGCAAAAGAACAUACUUAUUCUUUGAAAGCUUUGGAUUUUGUUUUAGACAGGAUACUGUAUAGCUCAGGUUGGCCUCAAUUUUGCUACUUAGCUGAGUUUGACUUUGAGCUCCUGGUCCUCUUGCUUCUACCUCUCCAGUAUAGAGGUUGCAAGUGCAUCCUACCACAUCCAGUUUAUGCAGGGCUGGGCAUUGAACCCAGGACUUCCUCUGUGUCAUAGACAGACCUUGUACCAACGGAGCAACAUCCCCAUUCUGAAAGCUUCAGAUAUUUCAAAGCGGUGUCACGGGUUGUCUUUUUGAUUCAUCAAGUGUUUAUUGAUCCUUGACUUUUUGCCAGGUCCCAAGUUGGUUAAUGAAGGAACAAAGGUGAAUUAUUGGGGGAAGUGAUGGGUGGGAAAGACACAUUAACUCAUUUUUUAAAAAAAAAUUCACAGAGAGGUCAAGGAACCCAUUAACAAAAUGUAACAGUGUGUACAGGAGAGAGAGAGAGAGAGAGAGAGAGAGAGAGAGAGAGAGAGAGAGAGAGAGAGAGAGAGAGCAGGUGGAAAAGAGCCAGAAAGAGUUUGCUGAUGUGGGUAAUGUACCUGGGCUUGAGGAAAAAUGGUGAGGGUUUUCUAGGUAACGUGAAAAAUUCUGCCAGGCUGAGAGGGUCACCGUGCUGACAACUCAUUGAUGUCAUGUGGAUGAGGUAUUGCUAGACUUCAGGAGGAGGAUGUUGGUGAGGAGCAGAAAGUAGGGACUGAGAAGGUGGGCUGGGGCUGACUGAGGCAUGCUGGGCCCUUUUCUCUAUCACGAACAUUGAAUAGAUGGAAUGUGUCUGAUUUCUUUCUGGUAGAUUCCUGAGGCAUAAGUCUGUGGAAAUGGAGAAUUGACCAUGCAGACCCCAGCCUAAUCAGAUACCCUCUGAGGCAAUUCUGCAGGGCCAGGACUUGGAGGCAGGAGGCAGGAGGCAGGAGGCAGGAGGCAGGAGGCAGGAGGCAGGACUUGGAGGCAGGAGGCAGGACUUGGAGGCAGGAGGCAGGAGGCAGGAGGCAGGAGGCAGGACUUGGAGGCAGGAGCGGGGAAUCUUAAGGUUGAAUUUCCCAAGUACAGGAUGGGGGUGGCGGUGGGGGAAUCAAGUGGAUUCUACAGGGAAGGGCUGCUGGGCCAGAGUUAUAGGCUGGGACAGUUCCAUGGCUUGAGGAUGAACAUGGAACAAGGGAUGUAUUCAAUUUGGAGUGGGAUACGUUGGAGGUGCCAGGGAAAUGGAUGACAAGCAGCUGGAAGAAAGGUUUAGCAGGGAGCAUGGAAUGGUUACAUAUGGGCUCAGAAAACAAAAGAGAACCCCAGGAAGAGCCUAGAACUUAGGUAAGCUAGGCUGGAGAUGAGAAGUGUAGCUCACUCUGCCAAUGGCUUUGGAAGGUUAAAUCUUUAUGACUAAGAGGUCUAGGGUCCAAAUGCAUGUGGCUGGCUGGGAAGUCGAAGAAUAUGUGCGUUUACAAAAGAGAGCAAAAGGUUUCUUUAACAUAUUGAAGAUUCGGGAGCUGGGGGGAGGCUGUAAAAGGCUCACAGAGCGAGCAUGAGGGACUGAGUUCUAAUCCCAGCAGCCACGUAAAACCUAUGUGUGGGAGUAGUAUCAUCCCCCAGUUUAAAUGAAUCUCUGAACUCUAGGUUCAGUGAGAGAGAGAGAUUGAGGAGGACUCCUGACUUCAGCCCCUGGCCUCCAUACCCACAUGCACAGGCAUAGACUCUACAUAUACAACCAAAACUCGAGUUCCUCCGUGCACUCGGAAACAGCCGGAAUGACUGGAAAGCCAGAGUCAGAGUCAAGCUGCCUUUGAGUUUCUUCUGCUUCGAUGGUGAUCCCUUCCUGAUUCCUAAUUGAUGAGUGAAGAAUUGCUGCCUCCCCGCCCCCACCCCCACCCCACUUCCUCCGACUUUCUCCACAGUCCAGCAUUGAUUUAUCCUGUCUCUAAAGGGAAUCUGCCUUCCACUUGGCAGAGCCUCAAGGCUGGAGAAGUGGGAUGAAUAGCAGCUUUGCAGAGGUCUCUGUGCUGCCCGGGGAGAAUGGCUGUGUGGGAGAGAAAGUUGAAAGGGGAGCCUGGGUAAGGGUGAGACCUUCAAAGGAUGGAGCUAGCCACGGGACACACUCAGUGGAAAUUUUUCUUUUAUGGUUGAUCCAAAAGAGAAAGGGAAACACAGAAGAGUGUGUUUGUCAGGGAGACAAUAUUGGGUGUGACUUUUACUGAGGUCUCCAUUGCUGUGUGGUUUGGACACCUACUCUUCUUUUAGGUCUGUCUGUCUCUGAGUGUGUGUGUGUGUGUGUGUGUGUGCGUGUGCGCGCGCACGCGCGCGCGUGUAUGCUCACAGACCAAAUGAAAACCCAGCUGUUGGUCCUAGUUUCUUUAAACAGGGCUAUCACUUACAGCUUGAGGCCAGCGCUGGGCUAGGCUAGCCCCAGUGAGAUCCAGGGACUCACCUGUCCUCACUUCCUCAUGUUGUGGUACAUGGCUCAUGCUGGCAUGAUAAGCACUUUACCAACGGAACCAUCAUCCCCACCUCUGUUUCCUAGGGUCUUUUAGGUGGGCAACAGCCUCUGGAAGUCCUGGCAGAAAGUUGGUCCUGGUCCCAGUCCCAGAAGUGUCUAAGAAAGUGUUGUGUGAUUAUCGGGGGGGGGGGGGCCUGUGGAGUUCAAACUGGCCAGACACUAAUUGGCUGACCUCACCUUAACUCUGGUUACUGCCAGGAGGGGGUUAGCCUUGUGCAGAGCCAUGACCUUCUGGAAUACACUAUUGUUUUCAAUGAGCUGUGACUGAAGGUCCUCCCAACCACAUCCACUAAUGUGUCACAGGAGUUACUUGUGUUAUCUCUGUGCUAUGAAAUGAGAGGCCUUUGCCCACAGUGUGCUAAGUAGAUUAAAGGAAAGCCUGUUUUGUAUGGUGUAGGGGAAAACCAGGCAGAUACCAGGGAAAUAGCACACGGGUGUUUGAUCUGACAGUGGGGAGGCCUUGGGAAGCCGGUGUCUUCUAAUACCUGAAAGCUGAGCUCUGGCUAGAGCUUUCUUCAAAGGGGUUUAUAUUUUAUCUGUUGGCACUGUGGGGAGAGGGUCUGCAGUGGGAGAUGGGGGAUAUCUGUCACUCCUUCCCCUUGCUGUUUUCUCCUCUGCCUUUUUAACUUUGCAGAAAGCCUCCAGGUCACGCACUAGACCCUGCUCAGGACAUCAGUGACCAAACAGUCCCCUUUUGUUAGGCCAGCGGUCUAUCUUUUUUUUUCCCUCUUGAAAGGUGCCCUUCAGGACAGCAGAGCCUUUCUUUGGGCUGUUUAUAAUUGAGCCCUGAGGAAACCUAAACAGAAUUCAGUCUCAGCCCAAGCCAAGUGCCUCCUUUGCCUAGCUAGACAAAGCUGACCCCUCGCAGGAUGCAAUCUCACCAGCUGGUCACCAGAGAAACACCUUGGGGGGCUCUCAGUGUGACUUUUGUCCCUGGCCACCAUCCCAUAAGUCACUGAAGGCUGAGGGCCAGGCCUUGGGGUGCUGAGACGCUCCGUGAGAAUUGUGGCUCUUGGUAAGGGAGGGUAGGCUCAGCUGUAUCUUAGAGGGUCCUGUGUCAGUUUGAGGAGCUCUGAGGAUUUCUGUUUGGAAGAGUCUCAGCGCUGGAAGGCAAGUUGUAUGCAGUGUAGAAAAGACCUCUUAUUUGUGGUUUAAACUUUUAAUUAAGUUCAAAUAUUUAUUUUCCCCUUCAGAAAAUGAUUUACUUACUAUUUACUUAUUGAUAUUAGCGGGGGUCUCAUUCUAGUUUAGGCUAGAUUGUAAUGUGCUUUGUGAUCUCAACUUUGUGGCAAUCCCCCUGCCUCAGCUUUUCAGUGCUGAUUACAGGUGUAAGUCACCACUCUCUGCUAUCUCCCCUCCUCUUCCUCCUCUUCCCCUUCAUCUUUCUCUAAGAUGAGAGUAUCUGUCGUUCUAGGCUCCAUCUCUUCACUUCCAGCAUAACUAUAGCUGCCUAUUUUCUCCCUAAAGCUAGGUAAAGUGGGUUAUUUGAGGAAAUUGGGGUUUGAUAACUUAGAGGUGGUGCAGUUUGGAGGUUACACUAUUUUCUUCUGUAAUAAUGGACGUGGGGUUAACCUCUGCAAUUUGCAGCAGAAUCUUUGUUUCCCACCCCACCCCCAAACAGUCCGAUUUAGUGUGUAGAUCAAAUCUCCUCACUGCUUCCUUCCUGUUCCGAAUUUUCUCCCCACAUUAGAUACGGACUAAAGGGUCCUUUGGGGUAGCUGAGGUGAGAGGUAGGUAGAACCAAAGCUUUGCCAGAGAAAUAGAAACUGGCCAGAAACCUUUUAAUCCCUCCACCCUGGAGCCUCUCUAGCAUACGAGACAGCUGAUAUAUUUAAAAUCCGAGCUUCUUCAUGUGUGGGUCACCGAAGCCCACUAUCCUUUGUUAGUCCUCUGGUCUUCCCAAACUUCCAGAGAAAGCAACAUUUGCUUUUUUUUUUUGAGGCAAUAUUUGCUUCAAAACCAUGGGGUCAAUCACCUGCCGGACCCUUUGAACAUACAAAUCCCCAGGAGAGGGGCAGUUUGAGGAGAGACAUCGUUUAGAGGCUGAGGUACAUUUUCAGAAGCUAGGGCCUGGUUUUAUGAUGGGGGAGUCGAACUAAAUAUGCAGUUCUAUUUUCAUUUUCACUCGGCGCUGAGGCGAAAGUGUCGGGAGAUAGACUGUGUGCAUAAAAAAGACAGUGCGAGACUAGCCUCUUACAAGAAGCAGAAUGAGGGACUCUGGGUAGUUCGAUCCCUAUUCCCGGCUAAUGUACCAGAUUGCCUUCCUCAGAAAGGACCCUUGUGCAUCCACUUAACCUGGGUGACUUUAGCAGAUUAUAGGAGAACUGCAGACCCAUAAAGGAGUUAUGUAGUUGACUAUGUCGGUUCCACGGCUAUAACAAAAUGCCUUAGGCUGGUAGUUGAAGUAACAUUGGUUUUCCGACUGUUCAGAUUUCAAGCUUCCUGGCUUGGCAAGAGCCAUGUCUUCUUUUAGCUGUCACGUGGUGGGAUGGGAACGGUGCUACCCUUCCUCUUAUUAUUUUUAUUUUUGUCCUCUGUGUGUCUGUUCAUAUGUGUGCAGACAUACAUGUACAUGUGUAUACCAUCCGGAAGUUCACCUCAGCUGUUAUUCCUUAUCAGCCAUCCACCUUGGUAUUUGAGACAGGGUCGGUCUCUCUCUCUCUCUCUCUCUCUCUCUCUCUCUCUCUCUCGUGUUCUUGAAUAAUCUAACCUGGCUGCUCAGGGAGCCCCAGGGGUCCACAGAUCUCUGCUUCCUCAGCCCAAUGAUUACACAGGUUCCACACUAUACCUAUUCUUUUAGUGGGCUUCUAGGGGGACUCAAACUUCAUGCCUGUGUGGCAACCACUUUACAAACUGGGCCAUCGCCACCCCCAGCCCUCCCUCCCACUUAUAAGAAUAGUGAUCCUUUUCUGACGGGCUCAAAGACCAUGGCUUCAUCUAGUUCUGUUUAAGUCUCAGGGACCCCAUUCACUAAUGCCUAUAGCUGUAACAUAGAUGUUUGUGGGGGGCUAGACCUUUAGGCCACAUCUUGGCCAGUUCUUAAAGUACAUACGCAUCAUUUUCAUGGGGAUUGAGUUGUUUCCAAAGUGUUGGUUCUUUCCUGCUUGUUUGUUCAAACAGCAGCAUAUUUUAUCAUUAUGAUCCCGUACCAUGUGAUAUCUGUCAGUGGAUCCCAAGCUACUUGAAGUUAGAUUAUCAUUUGUUUUAAAUUAGAGUUUGUGAUUUAUUUUUCAUUUUUUCCCCUGGUAAUUUGGUGACAAGUCCCCUUGUAUUCUGCCUAAUUGGGCUGCAUUUUAAUUUUGUGGCAAAUGGAGGUUCUGUUUUACAUUUCUGUUAGACUGACAAGCCCAAGACUGGAUCUGAAUUAGGGAGUUUGCAGUAGGACCGAUUGAAGCUGUGAGCCUCUUAGAAUUGGCUCAGCAUCUUAGAGUCUUCUCCCAUGCAUCUUUUAGGGUCAGGCAGGAGACUUCAGUAGAAGGCCCUGAGAGGACAAGAGACUGAAAUCUAGAAGCACCGAGGUAAGCUGAGAAUAACUAAACCAUGGGUUAUGCAGAGUGAGGAAUAUUCCAGAAACUUGUACCUUCGAUUCAGGCACAUCUGUUUGUGUCACUGGUGCCUUGGGUGUUGAGGUAACACAAAAUAGUAAAUGUUAAAGUCACCCAGGACAAUACUGGGACACCUGGGUUCCCAUCACAGCUUAGCUCUUUGUUGUAAGUGGCCCCAGUCGGUAUCCUCUCCCCAAGAGGCUCCACCUCUUUCUACAGUACAGAGAUAUGCAGAGGUCUGACUUCCUGAUCGCCUUGAUGUUCUGAGAUCCUGUGACAGACAUCCCGCUGACUGACUUACAGCACCAUUGAGCAUCGAUGCUUCCUUUCGAUAAUUGUUGGGGCACAAUUUGAAAUGACCCCCCUCUUGAGAGUGAAGUCAUGUUUUGGUAAGUUUUCAGGGUUUCACCUCUACCUCAGUAUACUUGGAUGUUCAUAUCCUGCCACUACCUCAGCCUACUUAGACAUUCAUAUCAUGCCAAGAUGGUACCUUGGCACGUCCCUUAUUACCUCUCCACGCCCCAGCCUGGCCUGUGACAACCGUUACUCUUCAUUUACUGUUUCUAGAAAUUUCACUGGAAUUGAAUUAUAUACAAUGUAGUCUUUGGAUCUGGCUGAUUUCACUGGCCAUAGUAUUUUUAGGACUCAUCGGUGCCAUAGAAUGUAUUAGUAUAGGUUGGAUAUCCUAUUUUUUUUAAAAGUCCCAAAUCUAGGUUUUUCAAAUUUUUAAAAUAUUCACGUAGACUUUACUGGCUAUUCAUCCUUCAUCCACAAGUUUCAGAUUUUCACAUUGGAGAUGCUGAACUUUUCCCUUUCUCUGAGUGACCGAUAGUCCAUGGAAUGAAUGCACCACAUUUUCUAAUCCCUCCAUAACUGCUGGGCUCCUUUUUCUUUGUGUUCCAUUCAGAGGUUCACCCAUUCUCGUGAUAGCCCUGUACACAUCUGCAAAGAACUCAUAAGAUGUCUUUUAGACAGAGUCAAGUCUUUUAUUCUAUGGCCUUCUCUUGUGAAAAAGACUAGAAUUUUGCAUUUUUUUAACUGUUUAAGACCUUUCACGGGCAUAGGCUAUGACACUUGGAUCGUCUAGAAUGUGGCUAGGUAGCUGUGCAGCUGUUGGUGUGUUUUGCAAUCAGGCUCCACUGUCAAUUUCAGGAAGGUUGAACAUAAUAGGUACUGUGGAUGUGCACCCAUAUGAAUAUGGUUGCAUAUGUGUAGUUUUUUGUUUGUUUAAGCAAUAUCUCCUGUAGCCCUGGCUGGCCAUCAACUCACCAUAUAGCUGGUGAUGUCCUGAAUCUUCUGAUUUCCCUAGCUCUACCUGCUGGGUACUGGGGUUACAGAUGUGCACAGCUGUGCCCCAUUUAUGUGCUUCUGUUCAUGCUAGACAAGCAGUGUACAAACUGAGCUACACCCCUGGCUCUGGAGGUAUAUACUGUAUACAUACACUAUGCAUGCAUGUAUAACAUGUUAUGUACUAUUUGUACACAGCACACACACAUACUCUCAUACACUUCCCAGCUGCAUAAGAGGAUUUACCCACCCCACCCCCCGUGGAAAGCAAGCACCAGUUGCAGUCUUAUUGAGCACGAUAAUUAUAAACAAUAUCAGUAAUAUCUUUGGGAUUUAGAAGUUGGACUGUUUCCUAUUCCCAGUGGUGGGAGCGUACUUUCGUAUGCUUUGUUUCGUCUCCUGGGAAAGCUUACUCUCGGUUGCAUCCAUGUGGGGGAAUGGAUGAGAGAUGGCCAAACCCAGGCAUUCUACAGUGAGCAUGAAUACCUCUCCGGGACUCCUCUGAGGCACUAGGACACUGUGGGUAGAGGUGGCUGUGUGCUGCCAGGCUGCCCAGAGGACCAGGCAUGAUUGCACCUUGGUUUUUUUCUCUCCCAUAGUUUGAAAGUGGGAACCUUUUCUUCUCUCUGUCAGGAAGGAACUCAUUAGAAGAGAUAUGCUGGGCCGGGGUGGGGGGUGGGGAAGCACUGUUUGCUGUGAGAGGAGGAGGGAGAAGCUCGGUGUCCUCUCUCAGUUGUGAGCAUAUCAUCAGAGCACAACAGUGGGAAGAGCAGGAGGAAGAGGAGGAGGAGGAGGAGGAGGAGGAGGAGGAGGAGGAGGAGGAGGAGUGUAGGAGCCUGUGUCUGACUGGGGAAACCCUGAGGAUGGCUGUCUUGAACUGAUAUCAUGUUUUCCAGGCAUGCUUGCUUACAUGGUGUUGGCUUAUGCUUCAUAAUAUUAGUGAAUAUGGUAGCAUCCACAGCCCCGCUUGACACUGUUGCUGAAGGUCCUACACACACACACACACACACACACACACACACACACACACACACUAUAUUUUGUAUAGUACCUCUGGACUGUGGUGUCUUCACUCCUAUGCCCUGUGGGCACUGCACAAGGGGCCAAGGUUCCUCAGAUGAACUCACAUGCUGUCCUCACAUGUGCUCCAUGUUUAGAAAAGCAAUUGCUCUUUAGUUGAGAGUGUGACCUGAGCUCUGAUAGGGUCCCAUUCUUACGAUGGCCCACUUAUUCCUCCUUCACUUUAUCGUAGGGACUUGGAACUCUGAGCACAGUCCUUCCGGCUCUGUCUGUGUUCCUAGGAGGCAGGGUUGUAAUCUCUGUAUUGCAGGUAAAAGACCGAGGACCUGGGGAACUGGCUAAUCUGAACUGAGACUACUGCUCAGAGUUCUUACCGUACCAUCUACUCUAUCCCCUUCUGUUGAGAGUCCCGGGUGUUUCUACACGAUAGCCCCAGUCUCCCAGCUUCCUUUCCAUCUGUUUAUUUCUUUCUUCACUUUUAGAGGCAGAAGGCAGCCGUGUGGACAAGCAGCUCCCUGGAGCUGUACAGUGUGCAGCAGAGUCACCUACCCACAGCUGCUCCUGAAGAUCAUUCCACUACUCUCUCUUUCCCCUCGCUGUUCUGGUGGCAGCUUCUCCAUCUUUCCGGAGGCCGACUUCCCCUUCAUCCCCUAGGUCUCCUGUUGUUCUUCCCUGGCCUGAAAUGUCUCCUGCCAAGGAGCUGCAUGAGACUUAACUCUCUUCCUCGUUGUCUUGGGGGACUUCUGGCCACCUAGAUAAAGCAUGACUCUGGCCUUGCAGGAGAGAUCCUUGCAUACCUUCUAACAAGUCAUUGAAUAGAAUGUUGAGAACAGCCUGUGAUUGUGGCUUUGCGGAUGCUUGCGCUGUGGGCUCUGAAUAUUAAAGAUAUGAACACGGGGCCUGCAUCCCCAGAACCGCCCCAGCUGCUGAGUGCCAGGCAGCCCCACCAGGAGCUGUUAACAGAGAAGUUGCUGAACUUGGCUUUGGCGUUGGCAUGGCUUUAUUCGGCCAGACUCUCUGAGCUUGCCGCUCCUUUCUGGAAGGGCAGGAUAACUAGCAAACACCCAUCUCUGGUGAGGCACAGUGGUAUUCUGGGGACAGGAUUUGGCCCAGUGGAGGCUGAAGACUACCAGAGCAGUAACAGUGCUGACUGGCACACUAAAGCUUUUAGAUUGAAAAGCCGGGACAGAAUGUUCAACUGGAGCCGGGGACUUUUCUAUUCCUACUUCGGCUCUGCUGUUAAGCCUUGGGACUGAUUGGAAAAAUGCUCACUGCGGGAUUUGGCGAGCCAGGAUUUUAUGGGUAUUUUUCUUAGAUUUACUCAGGCAUAGUCAGUCACUCUUGCUGUCCCUCUCAGUGUGCAAAGGACUGAAGGCUGUUCAUCUCUCCUCACUGAGGAGCUCUGGGGUACCUCAUAGAACAUUGCUCUCCUCACUGACAUACUGAUGUGGACACCCUUGCCAAAGUGCUCUUGGCAAACGCAGAUCUCAUGGAUCUCCACUUUGCUCAAAGCCCUGCAUUGGGGCUGGGGCUGGGGCUGGGGCUGGGGCUGGGGCUGGGGCUGGGGCUGGGGCUGGGGCUGAGGCUGGGGCUGAGGCUGGGCUGGGGCUGGGGCUGGGGCUGGGGCUGGGGCUGGGACUCGAGUUGAAUUCUUAGAGCACUUGGCUACUAUGCAGGAGGAGUCCUUGGGUUUGUGUGGUAGUACAACAUAAAUCACAACAUAAAUCAGGACUGGCGACACAAACCUGUAGUCCUAGUACUCUGGGAGUGGAGGCAGGAGAAUAAGAAGCUCAAAUACAGCCAUCUUCAGCUACAUAGCAAGUUUGAGAUUAUCCUGGAAUAUGCAAGCUCUACUGCCCCCUCUAUGUGUAUUUGUCUAUCUGUCUUUGUCUGUCUCUGUCUGUCUGUCUGACUGUCUGUCUCUGUCUCGGUCUCUGUCUCUCUGUCUCUGUCUCUCUCUGUCUCUCUCUAUCUCUCACACACACACAGUUACACAAAUAUGAUCCCAUCUAAUCUAGGCUCUUCACCAUGGCCUGUCUCACCAGCUCUCCUCAUUGGCUACAUUAUAUCUGCACCUCACAUGCACCAUGCCUCCCCAUCUCCCAUGCUUUACCAUACCUUCUUGCCACCCCCAAUCUUAAUAAGCAUUUAUGCUAUGCUUCCCGAGUGCCAGGGACUUUGCGUCCUGUGGGGCCAACAGCACACGUGAAUACCUGGCCUUAGCAUUCAAGAGUUCAUGCUUCCCCAGGCUUGUAACUGUCUAAUGGUGCUCAGCUGGAUUCUGCUGCUUUUAGUGCACUUCUCACCUGGGUCAAAUAUAAUUCCCAUCUCCUUCAUUUCACCAGUAACUUUCCUGAAUCUGCUGUCAAAUUGAAAGCAGAGAAAUCCCUACCUAGCACACAGUAGGUGCUCAAUAAAAGCCGGUGGAAGAAAUGAAUAAAGGCUACUUUUAACACUAAAGGGCACAGUGGAAAAAACAAACAAACAUGUCUUCUUUAGGCAAUCAUUUUGAACAACAUUCAUUGCCUUUUAUGAAGAGCCUAACAGUGGCCCUUGCCCAGCAGGCGGCACCCGCUGUUGUGGGUGACGAGUUUACUAUCAGUCACACUGUCAAUCCUAUGAAGCUUCAUUUGUCUUCCUGCUUGCUUUUAUGAUUGUUCUGCAGGGUCACCAUGAUAUAUUUAGGAUGAAUUUUAUGUAUUCCGUUCAGGAUUUGAUAUGCUUAUCCAUUCUGAUAGCACCCACUCUCCUCUUAAUCUGGAAAAUUCUUAGAUGUAGCCUCUUUCUCUUCUUCUGAAACUCCAGUUAGCUAUGUAAAAAUCCUAUUUAACUCCUCUUUCAUUUACACACACACACACACACACACACACACACACACACACUGCUAACCUCUGCUUUGCUAUAUUGUUUAUUCUGGGUGCUUUCUUUGGUUCUCUGUCUGAACCCAGUCAUUUUUAUUUAAUCUAAGGUUUAAACUGACUGUUGGGAUUUUGUAGAUGAUCAUUUAAUAUCCAUGCACUGAAGGGUCAAUGCAAUUUAUACAUGAAUGCACUAAUAUGGAUGCCAGCCUGCUCCAAGAUAGAGGACUUGAGUGGAGGGUGCUGUUUGGUGGAGGAAUACCUGACUGAUCUACAGAAAGCCAGGAGCAAUCUCAGCAUUGAAAAACAGAGAAAGAAACAACUCCAGCUACCGUGAACAGCUUCCGGUUACAAGUCACACACGCGGAGAGUGUGACAAAUGUAGUCUUUUGUGUCAUAUCUUAAAUAGCUCUAAAUCUGUAUUUGGUUUUCUUUCCUGUCAAUAGAAUUGAACCCAGAACUAGACCGCUGACCUAUAGCUCCAUGCCCAAUAUUCAUUUUCACUAGGUUUAUCUUUCAAGUUUUGUCUUAACAUUUUAUCAUUUCACUCUGUUUUGCUUUUUAUUUUCAAAACUCUCCUAAAUAAUUACAGACUCGCAUAUUUUGUAAAGCCCCAAUGCUCACAUCAUCCUGUGUCAGGUUCUUUGGCCCUGGUGUGGGUGACUGUCUACUCUGGGCUCACUUCUUAUGCAGUUUUAAUUUUGGAUUGCAUAUUCAUCAGAAUUCUGUGUAUCUUGGGUUGGUGAAAAGUUCCCUGUCCUGUGGUAUAAGGGUAGUGUAUAUCCCACGUCUGGAUAUGACUGAAGUACCUAAUGUGCAUAUUUGGGUAAUCAUGAAGUGGACUCAUUCUGUUUUGAGUUAAGUGCAUCGUUUCUCAUUUUUGACUGAGAAGGCGCAAUAGUCUCCUGGACCUCAUCAGAAAUGUGAUAAGCAGGCAUCAUCUGACCCUUCAGCUCACUCAGGAAUACUCCCUCAAAAGACCUUAUGUAGUGGCAUGAGACAGUUUAGACUGGAAACUCUUCACCCAGUCACCAACAUGGGAUGGAGUCAGGCUCACUGAGAUGCCUGGAGGCUCUCAGAACAGCCCUGUUCCCACUCACUUAGUUUUGCUUGCAGUCAAGUUGCAUAGCACAGGGUCUUGGUUGCAGGAAGAUCUCUGUAGAGUUCUCAGACGCGCCCUCUCAGCUUUUCCAUAAACCCUGGCUACAAUGUGAUGGAAGAAGCAGCCUGAUGUUAACAUUUGCUUAUUUUCACAUGUAUCUGCAUGCAUAUGUGUGUAUGUGUCCAUGUGUGUGCUCUUGCUUGUGGAAGCUAGAGGACCUUACCUUCCUUCCUUCCCCUCCCUCCUUCCUUCUUUGUUUCCUUCCUUCUUUCCCCUAUCUCCAUCCCUCCUUUCCUUUCUCCCUUUCAUCUUUUCUUUUUUUUGAGACAGGGUCUCUCAUUGGCCUGGCACCCCACAAGUAGGCUAGGCUGGCUGACUAUUGAGUGGACAGCGAGUUUUGGGGUACUCCCGUCUGCCUCUGCAGCAACAGGAUUAUAAGAGUCCUCCAUUGUGUCUUUUUCUUUUCUUUUUUCUUUUUUAAAUGUGAGUUCUCAUUAUCUCAAGCUCUCAUUAUUGACUGAUCUUCCACCCCAGCCCUUAAUACUUUACUUUUAAACAAGCAACAGAAUGGCAGAUGUGCCCAGAAGUGCCUUGAGCUGUAGACCUCACAGCAUUUGAUACUCGGGGUCAGUGGGUUGUGACCCUACCUGGGCACUAGGUCCGAUCUGCAGUAACCAGCAUCCUUUGUGUUUGUGUGAGCCGCUUUCAAGAUGUGCCUCCUCUUUCCAUACAAAAACCCAACUGUGAGACACGAAGACAGCCCUGAAGGUAACAAUCCCUGUGACGGAUUGUUGGGGAAAAGUCAUUUCUGUGGCACUCGAUUGCAGGGACAAAAAUUACAAAGUCUUGCAUUUGUUAAGACAAGUCGGUUUCUGCUUUCUGGUCUCCAAAUACACUUUGCAUUUUUCUUUUCCCUGGGACCGUCAAUUUAAUUCAGGAAUGAUCUAAUUAUGAGGCUGUGAAUCGGAUUCUCUGGAUGGUAAGUGUGGAGUACCCUGGGAGAAGUCCUGGCAGAUGGUUAGUUCAGAGUGAAUUUACCUUGGGACUGGGGCUUUAGACUGACAGCUUUUUUCACUCAAUUAAGUGCAACAACUGCCAAAAGGACAGCAUUGAACUUGAUGCAAAUCACCACUGUCGCUGGCGCUGAUAGAGUUGAAGCUGGGUCCCAAGUCAGCUGAACUGGGGUGUUUGAAGGCACCACAUGGUGAAGGGGAAACAAAGCCUAGUGGUGCAGAGAGAGGAAGAAGAAGAGGAAGAAGAGAAGGGGGAGGAUGAGGGGGAGAAGGAGGAGGGAGGAGGAAAGGGGGGGAGGAGGGGAGAGGAGGAGGAGGAACAGGAAGGGGAGGAGGGAGGAGGAGGAGGGGGAGGAGGGAAGAGGCAGCUCCUCGUUGCAAAUGUAGGUAUUUGUUUCCUUUUCCAGGUCAGCUGCUUUAUUUAGGGCCUCUAUUUCAGUUUGCUGUCUGUCUGUGAUUCAUUAGGUAUAUCUCCUGCAGUUUGCAUCUGUUCUGGGCGUCACAUAUCCUGCAGUGACUCUGUGUUCCAGAAAGUUAACGUAUUGCUCUCUUUUUUUGGGGGGGUAUGAGAUGACCCUACUCUGCACGCCUAUGCUCGCCCAGAGGACCUCCCAAUCGGAAGAAGACAGAGACCUUCUCAGCACAUAUGCACUUCUGUUAUUAGGGAGGCCCCCGUCCCACCCCCGUGCCCUGCAGCUUUCUAGGCCAGUGUUCAGAAAGCCCUUUACACUCGGAGCACCUCUGCCUGGUAGAGUUGACAGACUCUAAUCCUUGUCACACUGCAUAAGCCUGCCUGCCUUGGGUCUCUUUUUAUUCCUCAAAGCUUUUCCUCAUGUCCACUGAGUUGGUAAAGUGCCUGCUACACAAGCAUAGGGCCCUGAGGUCAAUCUCCUGUGCCCAGGUUCAAACAACCAAGUACGGCAGUUAAUGCUUAGAAUCCAAGUUUACCGGGGGCAGAGGCAAGCAGGUUCCUAAAGCUUGCUAGUUAGCCACCUUUUCCUAUCAGUGCUCUCCAGGGUACUGAGAGACUCCAUCUCAAAAAAAAAAAAAGAAGCGAUAUGCUUCUGAGGGGGGACCUCCAGAGUUGACCUUUGGCUUACACAUGCAUGCAUACACACACACAUAAUCAUACAUGAACAGAUAUGAACACACACUCUAGCACAUACAUAAAAAAGGAAGACAAGGCGGGAAGAUAGGUUUCCCUUCUUUCCUUGGUCCCUGCUUCUCCCAGCUUACUGCUGGAAUUCUGUGGUGGCUAAGGGCAGGACCAAAGAGACUGCUUUUUGAACGGUGUGAGAGUGCAGAGCUUCAUAGCAUCUGUAAUUCCGACCAGUUGCGGCUACCCAGGGUAGGUCCUUCUGGGAUUCCUCUGCUCCACCCACCCCAGGCUAUCAUCAGCCUUUGCUUAGGGUGGCCAAAGCCCAGCAGCUCUGCACCAUUCAACCUCUGCUGCUUUUUCUGUUUGACAAGCCUGGGAGAGCGGAGCCUGAAAUCCCUCAGUCAGGUACAGGCCAUUGUCAGCUUGUUAUCAGUUUCCUGAUUCCCUGUGUAAGCAGUUUUGAUAAUCCCUGUCAUACAUGAUUACGUCCCUCCCCUGCCUGGGACAUCUCACUGUAAUUGCUUUGAUAAACUCCACCUCAGUCCAGUAGUUUGCUCGGAAUACACUUUUACCUUCUGUCUGUGUGACUAAGAUGCUUCUGAACUGCUCUGCUCCUGGGGAAAAUCAGGCUUUGAGCACGAGGCCCUUAGCAACAGAGGCCAAUCACCCAGGCAGCAGCACUGGCUGGGGGGCCUGGAGGAGGGGCAGGAGCUGGGGACUCCAGCUAAGCUCCAGGGGUCCCAAGGCGGUUUUUCUUUCUUCAGCUGCUUGGGGGACUAAAAUUGUCAGUUUCUGUGUGUAGCAUUUUCAGGAUUCGGAGAACAUUUUUCUUAUGCAUGUUCAUCUGGUUUCUGGAGCCAUUUGACUCACUCUUUUAUAACAUUUAAAAAAUUAACAAUGUGUGUGUGUGUGUGUGUGUGUGUGUGCGCACACACACAUGUAUGUGCAUGUGUGGAGGUCAGAGGUCUUUGAUCAUCCUCCAUCUUAAUUUUUUCAGAGUCUCUUACUGAACUCACCAUUUUCUAGCUGUUGAGCCCCCAAGUAUCUUCUGUUUCCUCCCUCAGCAAUGGAAUUACAGGUUUCCAGCUUUUUGCUUGUGUGCCGGGCAUUGAACACAGGUCUUUACACUUUUCACGACAAACACUUUUUACCAACCCAGUGAGCCAUCUCUCCAGCCUUGAAACCUAUUCCUUUAAAAGGAAUGACCUUUCUGGUUCCUUAAUCCUUGUUGCUAUCCUCUUUACAUAAAAUCCGGAUAUUUUGCUCAUCACUCACCCCUCCCCCACAUUUAUACUAAUUUUAAAACUAGUACACUAGAAUGUUGUAUAUCUUGACUUUUGAUAUUUUUUGGGGGGGUGGGGGUGGGCAUCCCCUGAGAUGGUGUGCCUGAGACAGUCUCCCUGCUCACUCUCUCCUAAUCUGUUCCUGAUACAUUUGCUGCGUUUACAAAACAAGGUGCCGAGUGUUUGAAAUGCUCUGGGUCAUUUGAACACCUCUUCAACGCUAUUCUCAUUCCUGCAUAUUCUAUCUCCUCCUUGCAGAGAGGAAAAGCCACUCUUUCAACUGUCAGGCCUCCCUUGGCCUCACUGGAGGUCUUCCCUUUAGUGAGUGGUGUGGGAUUCUUUGUUGAUUAAGCCCCUCCCUGUAGGAUAAAAGAUAUGCAUACACUUCCUACUCUUAGGAACUAACUUUGUUCCUUGUCCAGUGACCAGGGGCACCUGCUUCACAGUGAGUUCUGCUGCAUAGGCCAGAGUCUGGGUGAUGUGGUCCACUGGACUGAUAGUUUUUGAUAUCUUGACACUUUUCUGGGAAUGUCUUCCAUUGACCUUAUCUGGCAGAAUCUAUUAGAGAGGGGUGUCUGCCUACAUGGGUGUUCCCUGCCUUUAAUGGAUUUGCUGGUGAUAGCAGAGGGAGGGAAGUCAGUGCACUCUACAAAUCAGAGAUGCAGAGGGGGAGAAGACCUCCUCUGUGCCUGUAGCCAUUGUGUUGGUACCCAGGGCAUGGUCCUGCGCCUGCCAACUUUCUCCAUGCCACUGGAGCAAUAGAGCCCUUGCAUAGAUCUCUCUCUCUUUCUCUCUCUCUUUCUCUCUCUCUCUCUCUCUCUCUCUCUCUCUCUCUCUCUCUCUCUCUCUCUCUCUCCCUCUCUCUCUCUCUCUCUCUCUGCAAAGCAACCUGUUAUUAAAGCCUCCCCCUGAUUCUAGGUUUCAGCGCCUUCCUUCCGAGGCACAUUAGGUUCCCUAAGUGCCUUUAUUGCCAUGCAGAGAGAGGGAGAAUGCAGACAGCUUUGUAAUUGAACAACCAUGUUCCUGUCAGUUUUCAUUGUUUUCAAACUGGCUAUUAUGGGGAGGGGGUGGCGGAUGCCCCAGUGUGGCCCAGGAAAGCUGUUCUGGGCUGCUGCAUAAACUCCCCAAGUCGGUGUUCUCUGUGGUCCACGGGGCACUAUGUCUUUAAAUUCUCUUUAGUUGUUAAAGCUCUGCUCUGGCAAGGAAGCUCUGCCUUCAACCUGCAGAGUUAAAUUUACCCAGACUGACAACUGUAUGCGCAACGUUUGGUUACAUAACAGCAGUGGUUGCUUUCUGCACAGUGCUAAUCCCAACACCACGCUUAACCCCCCCCCCCCCCAAGAAAGCAGUCUUCCAUCCGGCAGGCUGCACGGAUGACUGGAUGUUGUGCCAUUAUUUUCUUUUUUUCCUCUUUUCUUCUCCUUCUUCUUAAAACACUGUAACAAUUAUCCUAUUAUCUCAAUGCUGGUGCCAUUAGGUGACUUUUUAAUAUCUUAAUUAUUAGGUUAGCAGAUGCUGUGUGCACACGUGCAAUUUGUUAAUUUAUGCUGCUGGAAAUGAAAUCCAGUUGUUUGCGGCGGCAUAUUUCAUAAUAUCACGGCCAAAUGAAUUUUCAUGGCGCUGGAAUAACUAAGUUGCUGGGAGGGAAAGUGUACACAUUAUUUCUAGGACCCUUUGCUAGCAUCUUGGUUCUCAUGGGUCCUACCUUACAGGUAUGCACCUGAGGCUAGCGGCUGUUAAGAAUGGGCAGAAACCUUACGAGCCACUGGAAGUGGGGGUUGAAGGCUUUCCAAAUUGGAGUGUCUGCUUUCCUUGUUGCUGAGGGGAAAUAUCUGACCAGAAGCAACUGAUGGGAGGAAGGCUUUAUUCUGGCUUACAGUUUGAGGGGAUUUUUACAUCAGAGCAUUGGGACCAGAAGGUAGGAGGUCACAUGACAAUGACAGUAAACAAAGCAGAGAUCAAUCAGGAAAUAGGGCCAAGGUAUAAAGUCUCAAGGCCUUCUCCCAGUAACCUGCUUCCUUCAGAAAGACUCUACCUUCUAAAGUUUCCACAACUUUCUCAAAUGGGCAGCAACAGCCCGGGACCAAGUCUUCAAAGGCAAGAGCCUGCAGGGGACUUUCAAACCAGAACCCCAGUGCUUUGGGAAACCUGGCUUGUUGAGUGAGCUUCCUACCUGCUGAGCUAGGUUCACACAGAAGGCUCUGGUAGUCUGAGGCUUGGUGACUGAUAUUUUGAGCCUGCAGCUAUACCCAGUGUGUGUUGCCCCUUAGCCACUCAAGGAACCCCUAAACAGUUGUUACUGUAUGCAAGGUUGAAGAGACUGGGUAAGAAGACGUGGUUUGGGGUCAGAUUACGAUCUGAGUGGUGGAUUUUGGCCUACCCUCAGUGAGGCCUUAACCAGGUCAUUUUUUUUUAAUUUGGGGGUUCAGUUUCUACAAGUAGGUUAGACAUUUUUAUCUAAUGAUCUUGUUCAUCAAGAUGAAUUUUGCUCAACACAUAAUAGGAUUCUCAUUAAAUUCUCAGACCUCUUUGUGCUAAUAAUUUAGUGUCCUUGUGUGGGGUACCAAAACAUAUGUGACCUCAAUGGGUUGCAGCCUAGUGGAUAAGACCCCAAAAUCUUACACAGGUGAUGGUUACAUAACAGUUAAAUAAAGUUAUGAAGUCACAGUACCAGACAUGUCUAAGACUAUCAAUCUAUCUACGAGUUAAAAAGGGGAGGUGCCUCUAGUCACUAUUCUGAAGAGGUAGGCCUGUGUUUGUGUGUGUGUAUGUGUGUGUGUGUGUGUGUGUGUGUGUGUGUGUGUGUGAGAGAGAGAGAGAGAGAGAGAGAGAGAGAGAUAUGGGGGAAAGGAGAGAUGCUAGAGGCCAGUUGCUUAUUAAUGAAGCAAACUGCACAUAGAGACACAGAGAUUCAGGGACCCGAAGCCUGUUUGGGAAGCAAUGGGAAUAUGUAUUUGAGGAUGCUGGUGUGUGUUGGGGAACUUGUAGGUUAGGAGUUCCUAAGUUAGAUUGGAAUGCCAUUGUGGAUAACAAUCUUAGGCUAGGGAAAACUUGUCAGCAUCGAGAGAGAAAGUGGUUUAUAAGACCUUCAAACCUAUGGGGUAGGGCAGCAUGGCUCUGAGCCCUUGUUGUAAGGAGUAGACCUCUAGUGGUCAAGGGAGUUACUGCAGGGCUUGAUAGAAGAUAUUUGCUGUGUUAUUCACAUGCUCUGCUGUGCUGUGAAUGGGGAGUGGGUUGUACAUUCAGGCUCACGACAAACGGGGAUCCUUAUAGCUGAGAGAAUUAAAGAAAUCAUUGAAAAAGUAAAACAUCCUGGAGACUGUUCAGUGAUAGUAGUGGCCGCACCUAUGACAUCCAUAGAUCAGACAUCUUACAAAAGAAUCCGAAGUAAUCAGAUUAAGUCACAUUGACAACACUGUUAUUAAUAACAGCAGCACCAGAAAGCCUAAUGUUUUUCUUUUUCUUUUGACUGACACUGCAUCGUCCAAUCUAAUUCUCAGAACCCUUCCAUGAGGUCCUGUGAUGAGCCAGGUAUGACAGAAGUACAGGGUUAUCAGAGUGAGGUUAAUUAACGGGCCCGAGGUUACACAGCUGGUAAUUGUAUUACUGGAAGAUGAGCCCUGCAGUGUGACCCCUCCCCACACUUCACUGUGAAUACUCUUAUUAUUUAACAACCUCUACUGCCCUAGGUUCUGAUGGAGUGAUGCUCAGGCGGCAUCAGUGUUCAUGUCAGGAUUGCAUUUUCACAUAUUAACGAGGAGACAAGGGCAAGCCAUCUUGCUGGUAAGCCCGAUCACGGCGAAUUCGGCUCUCCACGUGGUCCUCAGGCAUCGUUACACCUUUUAAGCUAAUGGGAGGAAUGAGCAAUGGCUUGGAGGUUAUUCUCACCUGCUCUGCUCACCUGCGAUCCGCCAGUAUUCAUAUUGCUGUCUUCCUUGAGGACUCAGAAGACAUGCGAUCACAUGACUUCCAGAGGUAUUCAGUGUUCCUUCUGCUCUAGAACUUGGAAGCAUCUCAUCGAUUCACGAUGGCCACAGUGCAUUUCCCACAGCCCAUUCAUUAUCUGUUUGGGCCUUGCUGCCAGAGGAGUGAAGGGCAGCUUCUAAAACCACACUCCCCAGGGCUGUGAGAAAUCACUGCAGAACUUCUUCUAACUAAGUCAGUUCAUGGAAAAUGGGUCAACAGCAGACCAGUGGCUUCUCCUUCAUCACAUCUCCACUCUCAAAGGGUACGUGUGUCCCUCCCUGGGUGGCCUACGGUGGCGUAGAAUAUUAACAUCUGAAUAUUCCAAUAUUCGGGAAAAUAUUGAACUCUGCCCUUGUCUCUUCAGUGCCCUGGGGUAUGUCACCAUGCCACAGCACCAGUUCCUGUGGCCCAGGCUGGCCUUAGUCCUGGCAUCUGGAGUAGCUGUGGUUGGCAAGCACACUGCUCUCAGUGUUGGCCCUCUCUUAAACCGUUAACUCUGCAGCUGUGAACACAGAGGAGAGGGAAGAGGGUUGGUCAUCACUGCACUGGACAGAAUGCUUCCUCACAGAUUUAAGGGAAAGAUUAAAACUUUAGAAAGGGCUGGAUCCAGCAAUGCAUUUCUGGGUUUGUUCAUGUCUGUCCCAGGCAGAGUAUCUGCAUUAGGAGACCCCCAAGAAGGGGCUGGGGGGAGGUCUUAUCUGUUAAAGUAAGUGCAUAACACGAGAACCUGAAUUAGAUCUCAGCAUGUAUAUGCAGCACACACCUGUCACCUUAGUGCUAGGGAGGCAUAGGCAGAAAAUCCUGGGGCUUGCUAGCCAGUCAGGUGAGUCUACUUGAGGAGCUUCAGGCUGAGUGAGAGACCUUGUUUCAAAAAAUAAAGUGGAAAUCAAUCAAGGAAGACACUUUAGGUCAGCCUUUUGCCUCCACAGGCUCAUUCACAUGCACAAUGCGCACAGGGUUCAUCUAUGUAUGCAUGCACCCAAACACACAACACACACACACACACACACACACACACACACACACACACACACACAAGAUCCAAGAGACGAGAGAAAAUGUAACUUUUCUAUAUGAAUCUUAAAAUAGAUAUUCAUUGCUCAGGCUGAAAUUAGAUGUGAGCCUUUCAGCAUGAUGGAGCACAGUGAUCAAGGGUUGUGAAGGAGAGGGACCAUCAGUUUGUACUAAGAGUUAACAAAAGACAACUCAAAUCAAUGGUUCCACUGGGGAAAGAAAAAGUAGGAGAGGUAAUGUGGGUUGGGGAGGUGUUGAAGGAGUCCCACCAAGCAUAAUAGUAAUGGAUGAUAGUGACAACAGCAACUGACAUUUGCAAACCUCCUGCCAACUGCCGGUCACUGCACUGGUGUGUCUGACCUCACCACUGCUCUGUGAGCAAGAGUUAGCUCUUUUUAAAAGACUAGAAAAUACAGUCUGUGGGUGUUAUGAGACUAGGUCCAGCACUCUCAUAUCCAGACUUUGAGAUAUUGGAGUUUGGCUUGCAUCUCUGUUCCCCAAGUUCCAUGUCCUCAGAGCAGAAUGCGGUGGAUUGGGAUGUAAACUGGCAAUGGGAUAUGUCAAUCAUCCAUCCAUCCAUCCAUCCAUCCAUCCAUCCAUCUAUCCAUCUGUCUAUCCCAGAAAUACUUAUUCCAUGAUAACCAAGGAGUAGCAAUAGACAGAGCCACGGAGGGGUGGGGGUGGGAGGGAGUGGCUUUGGGUCUCAGGGAGUGGCGAUGCUAGUGGAUAUGGCAGGCACCUCUAUUUGGGGUGCUUCCAGAUAAAUAAGGUUAGACCCCAUAGUGAAUUGCACAGAAGUAAGUUCCCAGCCACAGAGCAUUGUAUCCCUUUUUUUGCAGCAGGUUUAUCUUUAAUGGAAAUUGCAUCCCUGUCAGUCUCGAGUAGAUUGGUAGAUCCUGCCAUUGCUUCUCAUCACUUAGAUUUUCUUCCCCAGGUCACAUAUCCUGGGACCCCAGUAGCUUGGUUACUAGUGACCCAAAGUCAUUUGCCUUUAAGCAUAAACUGCUACAACAUGACACUUUAGAAAUAUACAGCGCAUUCAUUCACAGAGUGACUAUUCUAUGUCAAGGAGCAGUUUAUCUAAAUGAGAGGAAUUAGAGGCCAGUGGUCAAGCCCUCUGACCAUCCUUUUUCUCCUUGAUAAAUUCAGGUGCUGAGAAUGCAGGAUAGUUCUGACUGAAACAGCCAUGUGUUGGUUGAGAGGGAUCCACGUUGACAUGACCUCUGUAUACAGCAUGUCCUAUGGAGAGCUACCUGGCAAGCUGCACACCUCCUUGGCUGCCAACUUACAUUCCUUGUGCAUCAAUAAGCGUGGAUUAAGCUAAGCCUGAACUUUUCCCGACAACUUUUUCAGGGAGAAGUGAAGCUUCAAUGGGGACAGCAUUAUUUGCUGUUCCAACUCGGAGCUCUCAGAAGCCCUGAGUUUUAUCUAUUCUUGUUUUUACCUGGUUUUCAGAACAGCUAAAAACAACAGCAGUUCAGGAAAGCAGGGCUACCAAGAGCCUGCUAGCAUCUCGGACCCCAGUGAAGCUAUCUGGUGGGCAGAGCUGUACCUGGGGCAGUGUCUGUGGGAGAGUCACCCUGCAGUUUUACUGUUUUCAGAAAGGGGCUAGAUAAGCAACCAUGGUCUCUAGCCUAUUAGAAGGAAGGAUAAAGGAGAAGAUGCAUAUUUUAUAUGCUGCCAGACUAUUCAUCCCAGGAUUGGUCUUGACCAAGAAGAAUAGCAGCCAGCCCCAGGGAGCCUUGGGAAGUCCUGGGGAACAUGUAUGUGAUAAAGAAAGGAGCUGACUCUCAUUGAUUAGGUGAACCCUUGGCCAGAACUGAGCUCUGUUUUUUGUUUGUUUGUUUAUUUAUUUUUUAUUUUACUUUGAUGCAGAGAGAGAGAGAGAGAGAGAGAGAGAGAGAGAGAGAGAGAGAGAGAAGUAUGUAUUGCUCUUUAAAAAUGACCUAUGAGUUUGCAAAAUGAUUCCACAGCUAACAGUUAUUGAGUGUGGUACUGCACCAAGAGUUGUACUAAAGGCAUCACGUAUGGUGUUCCCACCCUGCCUGCUGAGCCUGUAAGGAAAGUGCCACUGGCCCUAUUUUUAGAUUAGGAAACAGGUUUAGAGCACUGCCCAAAGCUGCAGCAACAGAGCCAGCAUUUCAGCCAUGGUACUUUCCACUCCAAAGAUAAUGUCCCUUCCUCCACAGAGUACUGCUAACCCCAAAAUCCAACAUACAUGAAAUAGCUCCCUGACGGAUUAAGUCUUUGUUUGCAGACCACUAAAUUCUCCAUAAAAGGUGCAGAAUCUUCGCAUAUGAAUUACUUACCCUCAAUCAGGUUUUUUCUAAGGGAAGCCAGUGAGAACAUAGACUUCACAUAUACAAACAAAAUUGCUUAUACGUUAUAUAAAUUAUACAUAUAUUUAUACUACAUAUAAAUUAUAUACAUAAAAUCACACAUAGGUUACUCCUUGAAAUCUUUAUGUAUCUUAUCUCUAUGGCUUUUUAAAAAUCUCAGCAAGGCAUCUUCUGGUGUUAAAGAAGGUAGACUUAAAGAUAUACAAGAGGAGGCUCAUUUCAACUUAACUUGUACAUACCAUAGACCAUGCAAAACACCCAAUUAUAUGAGCAAACUCAACAGAGACCCUUUCCUUGAUGGGAACAAACACUUGUGUAGAGAGAGGGAAGCCUUGCACCUGUUUACCUGAGGAGAAGGUGCGGCUACCCUGCAUCAUGCACAUCAUUUGAAGUUACUUGAGAGGAUCUCCUAGAUGCAGACAUGGCGUCAAAGGCUUCUAAGCCUUUUCAAUGAAUCAGCAGUGUCCACUUUCCUUCCCUGCUUUUUCUUCAUCGUAGGCCUUGUGUUCCAAAAGCCCUGGGCCAUCCUCUUCUCUUCCUCAAUGCCUGUGUUCCACUGCAGGGAGGCAGACACUAUGAGAUAGCGAUUGUCUAAGAACGGAUUGUGGUUCUCAGCAAUUGAUUUGUUUUUGUUUUGUUUUGAAUUUUGAUUCUAUGAGUAUGAUUGUUUUGCUUGGAUCUAUGUGCAUCAUGUAGGUACCUGGUAAACCAGGAGGUCAGAAGAAGAGGUCAGAUGCCCUGGAACUGGAGUUACAGAUGGUUAUACCUUUGGUCCCCUUUAUAAACAGUCAAUGAUCUUAACCGCUAAGUUAUCUCCCUAGAUUUUCUAGAACUUGGUUUUGUUUUGUUUUUGUUGUUGUUGUCUUUGUGGGGUUUUUUGGGGAUGGGUAAAGUUUUAUUGGGACAGAGCCACACCUGUAUAGUAUGGGGCAGCCUCGGAAGGCAGAAGAGAGUAGCUCCUUCAGAGUAGCCUAAAAUUCUUACUAUCUGGCCUUGGAUGGAAAACAAUUUCUUUUUCCAGUCUAGGGGAAAGAGCCCUUGAAUGGUAUGUUAAACUGGAAACCUCUUCAAAUGGUAUGGUAUAAGAGACCUACAUGAAACCUAUGAACCAGGAGGAGACAUUACACGGUUACACAGUCAUGGGUGCUAUUGUAGGGAGAGAGGAAGAGCUUACUGGGGGUGGGGCACUGGGAAAAGAGUGUCUUUUAAAUUCCUGUGUUUGGCCCAGCACAGAGAGCAGUAAAAAAUAUUAACAACUGCAAGGUACAAGGCAGCUCUGUCCUCUCCCCUGCAGAAUGCUCCUCAGUCCCCCUCAACCCCCUCCAGGGUGCUUCUGGGGAGGCCACAGAUAGGCUGCAGCUCCUGCCAACAGAGCAGCCUUGUAAACUUUCCCCCCACUUCCUUCUUGUGCCUGUGGUGAUAAACAUAUGCUUUGAAGCAUGAGAUUUGAUUAUCCUGUCUUAGUGCUUAUAAAUACAAAUGUGAUUAAUGGUCAUAAAACACAGGUUGACAGUAGAAGACUAAUUCUCAGCAGGGCGGCCCUGUGUGCUGCUCUGAGAAGCCAUUGCUUCUCAUUGAGGCCUUGUUUAUAGGGAGAACAGGGCCUCUUCCCUCCCUGUCCUCACCACCAACCCGUCCCAGCUUCCCCUCGGAGGCCCUUCCUCCUUGAUAAUUAAAACCAGUGCAUUGUCUCCUGGAGAAUUACCUGAGGUAAGUACUCCAACUCUUGGUCAUGCCGUUAAUAGUCCAGGAUUUUGUAGCAAGGCACUUGGCUCUCUUCUCUAUUCCCCACUUGGGCCUGGCGAGUGGCCUGCGCGUGUUCGGCGAACAGCGCAGCCUAAAUCUGGACAAUUUGUAUUUUAGUAGUGAUGGGGAUAUUCACUCUCUUCUCUCUGUCAUUUUGCAUUAAGGACCUGCCACUAAUAAAACUAAUUAAUAACUGCUGGCUCGCGUGGAUUCCUUGGACUUCUGAGAGCUGGCAGGCUGCCACCAGUACUUUUGAAAGAAGUGCUUCAUCUUUGUCACAGACAGGAUGGAUAUUUUCCCCACACUUCUAAUUGGACAAAGUGCCUUUCAAACUCGCUGGCAUUUCUGAGAGCACAUAAGGAAUCUAAGUGCUCUCCCGAUGCCGCCGCCUCUCGGCUGCUUCCCAGCCCCGGGGUCGAGCCCCAGAGACACCGCCACAGAAGUGUCUGAAUGUUCUCUUUAUUAGUGAUAGGACCUCUCCUCUGACCUCUGACCCCACAAGGCAGAAGCUUUAGGGACAAACAGGGUGAAGGACUCACACAGUUUCUAUCUCUGGGGAGCUGCUGGGCGUGGUGUUUCACGGGAAAAAUCAGUGACGUUUCCAGAACGUUCCUGAACCAUUUCUUAAUCAGAAUCUGCAGGGGCCAGACAGCGUGUGUGGAUUUUUCCAGAAAGUUUUCAUUGGCAUCCAUUAAUUAUACAUAAUAACAUGUUUCAUUUUGAAAUUUUUAUAUAUGACCAUGAUAUAUUGUGAUCACAUCUACCCUCGCCAUUACCCUCUCGUUUCUUCUUCCCACUCUUACUGAUCUCAUCCUUCUUCUCAGUUAGUCCCUUUUCUACUUUAUGUCCCUCCUUUGUUGGUGACCCAAUGUGUUUACCUGGGGUUGCUUUCACAGGAGCACGGGCGAGGGGUUAUUUACAGAAGAAUGGGCAAAUUGGCAAUAGCUAUACCACUAAGAACAUGUCUCCUCCGUGUCUGGACUUAGGACAAGCUGCUCAGCUGCCUCCAAGGCUUACUAGAGUCUGAGUCCAGGAGGAUGGUCCCAGAGUCCUCAUCCUUUGGAACAGACUGUUCUUCAGUCAUGAGAUGACAUCUUUUAAGAUGACCUCUCCAUGCAGGGUCUGGGCUUGGCAGCACAAGCCAAGAGAAGCUGGCAAUCUAAUCAAACCCUGGACACAUAUAGGAGAUAACUUAAACUAUGAGUUACAUAAUUGAGUUUAACAGAGGAAGUGUGUUCAGCAGGCUGUUCAGAGAUGGGCAUUUCUCCAGCUUCUAGGAGGGGCCAUUGAGGUUGGCCCUUUAUAUUAAGUACUAAAUUAUGCAAUGAGGUUUCUGAGCAGUGAAGGCUAAGCAGUGUGGCCUUAGAGCUGGGCAUUGCAGAACUUUUAGGAACGUAUGAAGAAUGAGAUGGUUCAGGGAAGAGAUCAGAGAGAAGAGAGUGACUCCGGAUCACACCUCCUAGGGAUGCACUAACCCUGUUGAAGAACACAUACUACUGAUCCUGAGCUUGCAGACCGAGUGGGCUCAAGAUAGCAAGACCUCCAAGGGUCUUGUCCUAACCCAUGCAGGAGCAGACAAAGGCUGAAACUUCAACCUCCACCAAAAGGGAUGGGAGGUAGUUUAAGGUGAUUUCAGUGACUGAUCAAUAGCACUGUCAAUAACUGAACAAUAACAGGAAGUUUUUAUCUGAGUGUGAGCCAGGGAAGGGAGCCAUCAGUGAUUGGCAAAUCCCAAGUUUCCAGGGUGGGGUACCAGUGAGAGAGUGAUGUCACUAGUAUAGUUCAGGAUCCGUCAUCAGGCUUUUUGUCAAUGUCAGGUGCCAUCAAGAGCAUUCAUGAAGAUGAAAGCGGGCAGAGAAGCUGAGAGAGAGCUCUGAAGAUGUCUCUGCUCGACUUCUUUAUACUAGAGUAAGCCAGAGCUACUGGGAUCCAGCCGGCCUGGUUGCCUCAAUCCAUUCCUUGCCCAUCUUUUCAGCAUUAACAUCAAAGAGAGGGGAGAGAGGGGAUAAAAAGGUCUGGAGGCUAAGAGCCAUCCAGUUUGCUGCAGAGGCUCAGAGAAACCAGAGGGUCAGCAGAUAAUGACUUCAUGCUUCCUCAAGAUGUCGAGGGGACCAGGGUAUCAUAGAACAGGACAUUGUUAGUUGGAAGGAGAUUAAUACUUGUUUAAGGGGGGCAUGGCAAUUUCUGGGGGAGACUUUCUGAGGUGGUAAUGUGGUACAUGAAGUCUGGGUGGAUGGUUGGGCACAUUUCUAUCCUCAGAAGGAAGUGGAGGGCAGGCUAUGACAGAGUACAGAUUUUCUUCUUAGUCUGAAAGGGCUGUGUGUUUGUUGGAUGCUGUGAGCAGGGAGAACUGUGGGUGCAAACACAGCUCGUGUGUUUUAACUUAAGGAAGGAGGAAACAGCGCAGUUUCUGGAGCACAGCAGAAUGCAGGUAGCAGGUGCGCUGCUAAUUCCAACUGUUCCGAGGUGCGCUUGUGACUUCCAUGACUGGUGGAGCUGGGCCUCGCCAGAGAUGGUUCCCAAAGGGUUCUACCCCACAUAAGAGGGAGAUCAUUGUUUCAGGACAAUUAUAUGUGAGCAGGGGAGCCCUCUCUGUCUCUGGGUGUUACUAAGAUAGGCAAGACUUGACAAAACAUCUAUAUCUGACCAAGUGGUGGGGAGGAAAGGCAUAGGAGGGGGGGCCCGAGGCUAUUGGAUAUUGGAUUUAAUUAAUUUUGGAAGUCAGGAGAGAGAGAGAGAGAGAGAGAGAGAGAGAGAGAGAGAGAGAGAGAGAGAGAGAGAGAGGUAAAUACAUGUUAUACGUGUGCACACACGUGUAGACACAUAUUCAUGUGUGUGCAAUUAUGAGUGCAGAGGCCAGAGGUCAACAUUUGGUGCCUUUCUCAUUCAUUCUCCAUUAUAGAUUUUUGAAAAAGUGUUGCUCACUGAACACAGAGCUUGUCAACAUGUCUAGGCUAAGUUGACCAGAUAGCUCCAGGGAUUGUUGUAUCCUGACAUUCAGAGUGUUGAGGAUUACAGGUGUGUACUGCCACACACACACUCACACCCACACACACACACACACACACACAUUCAUAUAUCUAUGUGUACAAAUACACAUAUACAUGUAUAUACAUAUGCAGAGAAAGCUCCAACUUGGGUCCUCAGGCUUGUAUAGCAUAUCCAAUACCAAUUAAGUAAUCUCCCCAAGACCUUUGGGGAAAUAUUUAUUGAGCAUUUACUUUGUGGGGGAAAGGGGACUGGGGGCUGUUCUUAGUGAUAAAACAUCUCCAUGUUCCGUGCUACAAGAAGAUCUUGUAGAGCAUCAAGAUAACGAGAAGAAAGAGCUGUGGAAACUGCUUUUGACUGAAGGUGCCUAAGGGCAGGCUAAGCAGGGGAAGGACCUUUAGGUAUCUCCUGCUAGUCUCCAAACCUCUUCUGGUGUUCUUUAUUAAAAUGAAACCAGUUUAGACAAGCAGAGUUUGUCAUACAGGACUACGAGGUGUCCCCCAUUACCACAGGUACAGAAAUAAAAAAAAAAUUAGUGCUGACCCAAACUACCACAUGCAUUACAGAGCUACUUCAGCUUUCUCUCACCUCCCAAUCACAGCCCUUUGCUGUUCCAGCACUCAGUCCAUGAUUCCAUGUUGCUUUCAGCUCACUUGCUCCAUCACCUCCAAGCUACAACUGUUCCCGGACGUGCCUUGUUUUUAUAGUCUGGGCCAGGUACUUAAGAGAAGCUAUUUAUCUUGUCCUGGUUAAUGGAGGGAGGCUGUGGAUUUAAACAACAAACAAACAAACAUGCCCUCCCUAACUCAUGUCACAUCUAGUCAAUGUCUUGGUUAAUCCACUCGCCUGUUUCUGCAUCAUGAAACUAGAGCACCUAUUUAAUAAGUAUCUGUGAGACUCAUCCACUAUGAAAUCACUGUUUUAUCCUUGGUGGUCAGACAACCCUUCAAGGAAAACUCACUCCUCUAAGCUUGCAUAUGGCCCCCUUGCCCUGGCUCACCUUGACCCACUCUUUCCCUGAGCAGCCUCUGGGAAACCCCACUGAAGGGAGGAAGGAUGGCCUGAAGAUGGCCUCAUCUUGGAACUUGAGCUGUGUGGCCUUGGGCCAGGGACCAAGUUCUUUGGGCCUCAGUAUCCUUAAUGUGGCCAAGGCCAUAUUAGUCAGCAUCCUUCACCUCUAAUGUUCUGGGUUCUGUGGUGAGUUUUUCCCUAGGCUAAGACUGUAACCCUUACAAGGGAAAGUGAAUUAUAAUAGUAUAAAGAGAACAGAUAUAAAGCGGUGUCUGAGUGUUACAUGACCUUGGAGUCUUUGAUAAUUGAGAUAUCUGAUAAGGGAGGUUUGAAUCAAUUUGAUGAAUGAGAAAUAAAUUGGUGUUUUCAGUGUCUGACAGAAGGAUCUCAUUUAAUUAGAUUAGAAUGGUGUCGGGCCGGAUGCGCUCUUUAUGCUUGGAGACCUUUCCCCUCUGAAGCUGUUCAUGAGAUCAGAUUGCCUUUAGCUGUCCAAUCUCAGACAUCCCCUCUAGCCUCCUGGUUUUUCUCCUCUUUUGGAGUGUGCACACGUCUCAGCCAUGCUAGAUUCUGGGCAAUACCUCAGUUCUUACCAUAUGGCCAGGACAAACAUGGAAAUGGCUUAGUUUAUACCCAUGCCUUUGCCAAAACUAAUCCUAGGCCUGCAGAAUUCUUCUGCUUUGCUAAUGAAAACACAUGUUUUUUUUUCAAGUGGACAUAUGUCUUUUAAAAGAUGGCCAUCAUGAGUCUCCCUUUCUUGACAUUCUGGGUUGUCAUUUUGACACCAUUCUCUGACCCUUUUCUGGUGACCAACUCUUAAAUAUAAUGUGUGUGUGUGUGUGUGUGUGUGUGUGUGUGCGUGUGUGCACUUUAUUAUACCUUUUGCCCCUGAGUGUUUUCCAUUAUGUAACUUUCUUUGUCACUAUCAUGUGCAGUUUGCAAUCUUUCAAAGAUGAUAGGAACUAAGGACCAAGGGUGGGGAUUUGGGGAUGUAUGGAGUUCAAAGCUUAAAGUGCUUUCAGUUCAAGGCUGAUGACCUGGGUUUAGUCCCCAGAGCUGGUAAGAAAAAUUCAAGUGCUGUGGAGAGCAUCUGUAAUCUCAGCACUCCUGUGAUCAAAGGAGAGGUAGAAACAAGAGGACAGCCUGUUGAUGCUCACGGCCCUACUAGCCUGCAGUCCGUAGCACAGCAGCAGAGGCAAGGGAGACCCUGCCUUAGCAAGGGAGAAGGUGAGGACCUACUUCAGAAAGUUGUCCUCUGGCUCCACAUGUGAUACACACACACACACACACACACACACACACACUCACUCACUCACAUCAUUGAUAAUAAAUAAAAAGUAAACAAAUAAAUCACAAAUGAUACAAGAUAAAUGUUUUUCCAAGAGAUGCUUUAGGAAAGGGCUCUCUAAGUAUUUCCCUUCCUUUUCAGGCAUGGUAAGACUACCGGAUACCCAAGGACUGGCUGCUGGGACUGCAUGCAAUGUCACCACCACUUUGCUGCUCCAUUGUUCUGUACUUAAUUUUUAUUUCUCCUGUGUGUAUGUGUGUGUGUGUGUGUGUGUGUGUGUGUGCUGUAUAAUUGGCUAGCUUGUGUGCAUUUUAAAAGUGUUUAUGCUGUUAUGGUGUUUUGAUAGUAUGCUAGGUACUAAGUAAUGUGCUAGGUACUGAAUUAGUGUACUAGGUGCUGAGAUAGUGUGGUAGGUACUGAGGUGGUGUGCUAGGUACUGAGAUAGUAUGCUAUGUACUGACUCAGAAGGAUGGUGCAGUUAAUUCUAAUUGUCAAAUUGAUGAGAUUUACAGAAGCAGGUAUCUAAGCAUGUCUAGAAAUUAUAAAGAGUAGUGAGUGAGGAGACUCAUUCUACAUGUGGGUGACACCAUUCUGUGGACUGUGGUCUUAGACUGAACAAAAUGGACAAAGCACUCUAAGCUCAAGUAGCCAUUGCUCUCCAUUCCAAAUCCAGUGUGGCUCGCCCCCUCCAGCUCCUGCUGCCAUACCUUUCCAGGACUGUGCGUCCCAGAACUGUAAACCCAAGUAGACUCCCCUUUCUUUAAGUUGCCUGUCUCAGGUAUUUUAUCCCUGCAAUGACACAAGUAACUAAUACGGAUGGGAAAGGCACAGCCCCUGCUCUCAAGGCACUCCUAGAAGGAAGAUGCCAUCAGGACGUGCAGUGAGCUGUCUCAGACCCGUGUGUGGAGGACAGAGGUGAAACAGGGCUGAGACAAACAUGGGGAUUUUAACUUCCUCUGGAGGAGAAGAACUCAAGGACGUGUUCUGGAGGAGCUGUCUAUACACAGUGUACUUUGAAAGGUG